AUGGGGACAGAAAGUUGCAGGAUUCCUGAGAGUGAUAUUUUAGGUCUAUACAGGAAAGGCGACAUUAUCAUCGGAGGUCUGUUUCCAGUCCACGUGUAUCGGACAUAUUAUGAACUGACCUUCAGAAAAUCUCCUCCUGCUGUGACCUGCAACACGUUUGUUCCUCUCACCUUUCAGUGGGUUCAGUCCUUUCUUUUGGCCGUGGAGGAGAUCAGCAGGUCCACGUCACUGCUCCCCAACUAUACCCUCGGGGUCCAUCUGUUUGACUCAUGUGCUUCCCCAGGACAGGCCUUGCAAGGGGGGUUAUGGAUGCUUACUGGAGGAGACUGGAGACCAGCUCCCAACUACGAAUGUCAACUUCCUUCAUCAUCUCUGAGUGGUGUCAUUGGGGACUCCAGCUCUGCAAACUCUUUGGCUCUGGCCAGGCUGCUAGGACUAUACCUCUAUCCACAGAUUAGUUACUUCUCUACCAGUUCACUCCUGGGUGACAGGACACAGUUCCCUUCCUUUUUUAGGACUGUUCCCAGUGACGCUUUUCAAUCCCAAGGACUGGCAGAGCUUAUAUCCCACUUUGGAUGGACCUGGGUUGGAUUGGUGGCUGAAAACAGUGACUAUGGAUUUGAUGGAAUACGGGCCACCAAGACUGAAAUCCAGAGAUCAGGUGCCUGUGUUGCCUUCACAGAAUACAUCCUAACCAGUCGUGCAGAUCGAAAUGCUCCCCACAUUGCAAAGGUCAUUGCAGAAUCAAAUGUCAACACCAUAGUGGUGUUUUCUAGUGGCUCCAACCUGCUUCCAGUGGUAGAGGAACUCUUGAGACAAAAUAUUACAGGGAAAACGUGGGUGGCCAGUGAAUCAUGGUCAACAUCUGCUCUAGUCUCCAAGGAGAAGUAUUGGAGUAUCCUGAAAGGAACCAUUGGUUUUGCCUUACAUAGUGGACAAAUCUACUCUUUUAAAGAGUUCCUUGGUGCGGUCAACCCAAUGGAUACUCCAGAUGACAUAUUUUUAAAGGAAUUUUGGGAAGUAAACUUUGGCUGUAAAUGGAAGCUUCCAGGGACAAUUCUUUCUAAUACUACAAGAGUCUGCACAGGUCAGGAAUUUCUUGGGAACUCUUUAAGUGGUAUCAGCAUCCUAAGGGUGACAUACAGUGUAUACAUUGCAGUUUAUACCUUGGCUUGGGCAUUCCAGGACAUCCUAACUCGUAGACAAAAACUUUGCUCUGAAUCACCAAAGCAUUGCAGAGAAUCACUGACUUUUCAACCAUGGGAGGUUCUGAAAUCUAUGAAGACUGUCCGCUUUAAGACUGAGGACAAGAGAGAUGUAUAUUUUGACUCCAACGGGAAUCUCCCAGCUGUAUAUGAUAUUGUCAAUUGGCAAAUAGACUCACAAAAUGUAAAGCACGUGAAGGUUGGCAGUUACGAUGGCAGUGCGAAGCCAGGGUACAAAUUUAUGGUGAACGCAAGCAUCUUCCAGUGGACAUCAGGGCAUAAGCAGGUUCCUUUCUCUGUAUGCAGCCCAAGUUGCCUGCCUGGUUUCAGAAAAGCAGCUUUACGUGGAAAGCCUGUCUGCUGUUUUGAAUGUGUCCUUUGCCCCACUGGAGACAUAUCCAAUCAAACAGAUUCAGUUGACUGCCUCCGUUGCCCAUGGGACCAGUGGCCAAACGUCCAUCAGAACCAAUGCCUCCCAAAACCUAUAGAAUUUCUUUCCUAUGAAGAGCCAUUGGGAUCCACGCUUGUGGCCACCAGCAUUACCUCUUCCACAAUCCCAGUGGCCAUCUUGGCACUUUUCAUGCAUUACAAGACCACACCCAUCGUCCGAGCCAAUAACUACUUCCUAAGUUGUCUUCUUCUGGUGUCUUUGUCAUUCUGCUUUCUUUGUUCCCUGACAUUCAUAGGCUACCCCCAAAAAGAAAAGUGCCUUAUGCGUCAGGUGACAUUUGGAAUGGUCUUCACGCUCUGUGUUUCCUGUAUCCUUGCCAAAACCAUCACAGUUGUUAUUGCCUUCAAUGCUACAAAGCCAGGGAGCAGCUUAAGAAAAUGGACAGGGCCAAAAGUGUCCUACUGUGUAAUAGCUGUGUGUGUUCUUAUACAGUCCAUUGUGUGUGUGAUGUGGUUGUCUCUCUACCCACCAUUCCCAGAACGUGAUAUCCAUACUCAAGCAGGGGUGAUCAUAAUUAAUUGUAACGAAGGCUCGUCCACUGCAUUUUGGGGAAUGCUUGGAUUUCUUGGACUUUUUGCCACGAUCAGUUUUGUUCUUGCAUUUUUGGCCAGACGCCUUCCCGACAGCUUCAAUGAGGCCAAAUUCAUCACAUUCAGCAUGUUGGCAUUCCUUACGGUUUGGGUGUCGUAUAUUCCGGCCUCACUUAGUGCUCGUGGCAAGUAUACAGUGGCCAUGGAAAUCUUUGCCAUUUUGUCUUCAAGCUUCAGCCUGGUGUUCUGCAUAUUUUUGCCAAAAUGUUUUGUUAUAAUUUUUAGGCCAGAACUGAACACCAAAAAUAUCUUAAUGGGUAAUAGUCACCUGCAC